UAGGAGAGAGAGACUGAGGAAUUUAAUCUGUGGGAGGUAGGAGAGAGAGACCGAGGAAUUGAAUCUGUGGGAGGUAGGAGAGAGAGACCGAGGAAUUGAAUCUGUGGGAGGUAGUGUAGUGUAAUUACGGAGUGUAUAGCAGACCUGCUCCACUCCGUACCAAACCUGCCACAUCACUAUGGACACAAUGGAAUAUAAGACGCAUUUAACCGUUUUUACCCUCUUCUGUGUCCUGUGGAUAUGCUGGUGUGCCCCUCAACGGUUCUGCCAGCCUGGAGAAGACAGUUCGGGAAGAUGCAACAACGGUCCUGAUGAAGAAAAACCAGUGUGUUCAGAGAUUAACCUGGGUUACUGCAACGACCUGGACUACUCCAGGACCAUCUUCCCUAACAUCCUAGGUCAGCAGUCUCGUCACGAGGUGGAGUCUGGAGCUGAGUACCUCCUCCUCUCUGUGAUCCACGGUCUCCUCAACGGGGAGUGUUCCCCCGACAUCCGUCUGCUGGGGUGCUCCGUACUCGCCCCGCGCUGCCAAGACCUACCCAGCCCCGCACCUGUCAAGUCAUGCCGCAGUGCAUGUGAGGCGGUGAAGAAGGGGUGUGGCCACGCGUUCGAGGGCAUCGACAUGGCGUGGCCUUACUUCCUAGACUGUGACCGAUUCUUCGCCGGCGAACAGGAAGGCUGUCACGACCCGUUGGCCCCGUUAAGAGCCAGACAUGAAGUGGCUUUCUCCAACCUGUCUCCAGACGAACCCUCCACCAUCAUUCAGUUCACGUACCACUCCAACGCCCAGAUGUACAGCGUUCUGAAGAGGACUGCUGCCAAGUGCUCUCACAUCUCCCGCACCUACAGUAUCGGACGCAGCACAGAGGGGAAAGACCUCCUGGCCAUAGAGUUCACAGACAACCCCGGAGGGCAUGAACUAUUGGAACCGGAGAUCAAGCUGGUUGGCAACAUGCAUGGCAACGAGGUCCUGGGUCGUCAGUUGCUGCUCUACCUGGCCCAGUACCUGUGUUCCGAGUAUCUCCUUGGCAACCAGCGUAUCCAGACGCUCGUAAACACCACGCGCAUCCACAUCCUGGCAUCCAUGAACCCCGACGGUUACGAGCUGGCGGCCGCCGAGGUAGAGGAUAGCAACGACCCGGAACAACAACCACACCACAACCAGGAAGGUCACGAGUUCAACGGUUGGACGGUAGGUCGCACCAACGCUCAGAACCUCGACUUGAACCGGAACUUUCCUGACCUUACGUCUAUCCUCUACCGGAAUCGCAGGAUGAAACGGUUCCGCACAGACCACAUCCCCAUCCCAGACUCUUACUGGUUUGGUAAGGUAGCUUCAGAGACCUAUGCAGUGAUGAAGUGGAUCAGGUCUGUGCCGUUUGUCCAGUCUGCGAGCCUCCAUGGCGGAGAGCUGGUGAUCUCUUAUCCCUUUGACUUCUCUAGACACCUCCAUGAAGAGAGGAUGUUCUCCCCUACACCUGAUGAACAGGCAUUUAAGCAGCUGGCCCGGACAUACGCAGACUCUCACGCCAGCAUGGCCGACAACAACACGGAGAGGUGUGGAGCGUCCUUCAUCCGAAGUGGAGGCAUCAUCAACGGAGCUCUGUGGUACAGCUUCCCAGGGGGCAUGUCAGACUUUAACUACCUCCACACUAACUGUCUGGAGAUUACAGUGGAGCUGGGCUGUGACAAGUUCCCUUCUGAAGAGGAGCUCUACCCAGAGUGGCUCAGGAACAAGGAGGCCUUGCUCAGUUUCAUGGAGUCGGUCCACAGAGGUAUUAAGGGAGUGGUGAAGGAUGAAGAGGGCUAUGGAAUAAAGGGAGCAUCCAUAUCUGUCAGGGGAAUUCGUAAAGAUGUCACCACAGCGGAGGAAGGUGAUUACUGGAGGUUAAUGAACUCAGGAACACACAUCAUAACAGCAUCAGCUAAAGGUUACUCCAGAGUCAGCAAGAGAAUUUACCUGCCUGCUCACAUGGAAAAAGCUGGCCGGGUCAACUUCGUGCUCAAAAAGGUCCCUGUUCAGCCAGUAGGACCAGACUACCACAUGUUCCUCAGCUCCUCCCUGGACACUUAUGACCGCUUCGACCCUUACAACCACUUCCAGAGCUACAGCCGCUCCGAGCCGGGAGAACCGAGGGAACCCAGGGAACCCAGGGAACCGGGGAUGGGAGGAGAACCGGGGAUGGGAGGAGAGGGACAGGAGAAGCCGUGGUGGUGGAACUACUUUACUCAGGCAGGAGUCUCUGCUCCCACCUGGCUGCUACGGAACUUCUAGAAGAAUGGACUGGAUAAUGACUGAAACGGCACACUAUUCCCUAUUCCCUUAUUCCCUAUUCCCUUAUUCCCUCACACUAUUCCCUUAUUUGGUGCACUACAUUUGACCAAAGCCCAAGUGCAUUGUGGGGCGGCAGGGUAGCCUAGUGGUUAGAGCGUUGGACGAGUAACCAAAAGGUUGCAAGUUCAAAUCCCCGAGCUGACAAGGUACAGAUCUGUCGUUCUGCCCCUGAACAACCUACUGUUCCUAGGCCGUCAUUGAAAAUAAGAAUUUGUUCUUAAACUGACUUGCCUAGUUAGGUAAAAUAAAAAUUAUUUGUAGUUUGCAUCCCAAAUGGCACCCUAUUCCCUAUAUAGUACACCCUAUUCCCUAUAUAGUGCACCCUAUUCCCUAUAUAGUGCACCCUAUUCCCUAUAUAGUGCACCCUAUUCCCUAUAUAGUGCACCCUAUUCCCUAUAUAGUGCACCCUAUUCCCUAUAUAGUCAAAAGUAGUGCACUGUAAAGGGAAUGGGUGCUAUGUGGAAUGUCUCCUACAAGUAGAGGCAUGAAUUGAUUCUCAAUCUUUUUUUGGUUUCUGUCCCCAUCACAUGUAGCUCUGGCCGGAGUACCACCGACGUUCCCCUCAUGUUACCAGAAGGCCUUAUGUUCUGUUUAGUCUUCCUGUGUAGAUAGGCCAGGUACCCUGUCCACCAGGGGAACACCUACCGCCACUAUGGACAGGAAUCUGAUCAUGUGUUGUGUCCUGACUAGGAAUGAUUCUGGGCCCCCAUUAACAUAUUGGGUGUUCUAUUGUGUUUCAUUAAGACAUUCUGUCUUCCUCAGUGUUCUAUUGUGUUCCAUUAAGACAUUCUGUCUCCCUCAGUGUUCUAUUGUGUUUCAUUAAGACAUUCUGUCUUCCUCA